CAUCAACAUGGCGACUUGCAUCGUGUACGUGGUGCUAUCCUUUUGUGCUGUUUUCCCUGCUGUUGUAGCCGAUGCAGAACAUGGUGAAGCAGCUCACAGUUACUCGGCAGAGUCAUUUAAUGACAAUGUCAUUAAAAACAAACAUUUUGUGAUGUUUUAUGCACCUUGGUGUGGCCACUGCAAGAGGCUCGCUCCAACAUGGGAUGAACUUGCCAAAAUCUAUAAUGUGGACUCAACAGAAAGGCCAGUUGUUGUUGCUAAGGUGGACUGCACUGAGGAGACAGCAGUGUGUGCUGCACAGGGAAUUACUGGAUAUCCAACACUCAAGUUCUUUUAUGAGUCUUCCACAGACUUUUCACGCUACAAGGGUCCAAGGGACUUAGACUCUCUCAAAGCUUUUGUUGAGGAACAGUUCAGUCAGGGAGAGGAGAGUGACCCACAGCCUCCUGAGCCUCUCCAGAAACUGGUCGAGCUGAAAGAAGAUACAUUCCAAGACCACAUUAAACAUGGCCAGCAUUUCAUCAAGUUCUACGCACCCUGGUGUGGUCACUGUCAGCGUCUCGCACCCACGUGGGAGGACCUGGCCAAAAGCUUCCAGUACAAUGAAGAUGUCAGCAUAGCAAAGAUAGACUGCACAGCUACUGGUUCAAUCUGUGACUUGUAUUCUGUGCGAGGCUACCCCACAUUGUUGUGGAUGAAGGAUGGGCAAAAGGUUGACCAGUACCAGGGAGCCCGCAACUUGGAUGACCUGAAACAGUACGUGUCGAGGAUGCUUGACCAGGAUCAGUCUGAACAACACAGGACAGAUGAGAAGAUUGUGGAGGGUAGCCUGGAUGAUGAACCAGAGCCCGAAGUGCUAGACUUAACAGCUGAUGACUUUGAUGACGUCUUGGCCGAGGGAAUGGUAUUUGUCAAGUUCUUUGCACCAUGGUGUGGACACUGUAAACGGCUUGCACCAGUAUGGGAAGAACUGUCCAAGAAGUUUUUUGAUGUUGGAGAUGUCAAUAUUGCUAAGGUUGAUUGCACCGUACAAGGGGCACUGUGCAAGAAACAUGAGGUUCGAGGCUAUCCGACACUGAUCUUAUUCAACAAUGGUGUGAAGAUCAGUGAAUAUAAUGGUGCUAGAGAUAUGGAGUCACUCUUCUCAUUUGUUGAACAAAAUAAAAUAAAGAGGGAUGAGUUGUAGACUCACCUAAAUCUUUGUACAACUUUUAAGUUAUUAUCCUUACAAUGUGUCAGGUAAUAUCUAUGUGAGAGAUGCUACUUCAAGUAAUGUAAUGGGAUAGAAAAUAUUAAUUAUAAAGUAAAUAUGUUGAGCAUGAGGGACUGUUCAUAAUAUAUGGCUAGGGCUGUGGUGAUGAUUUUCAUGGAGAAGCAUGAACAAUGUGAAUGACACUCCCCAAAGAUUUUUGUACAAAGUAAGUGACACCCCUCCCACCCCCACCCACCCCUGGCAUGUCAUGUACAAAAUCGAUGCCCCGUCCCCCUAUCCCAUAAUGUUUAGGCAUAAAUUUUAAAAUAUAUUGAUGUACAUAAUUGCUGACCCCCCUAGUACCUUUUUCAUUGGUGACUCCUCCACCUCCCCAGAACAAAAUGGGUGACCCCCCUUAAAGUCAUCAUCACCCACCCUAGCCAUAAAUUAUGAAUAGUCCCUAAAUCUUGACCUUUUAACGAUGACUGAUGUCAGUGUAUGUAGUUGUACGAUCAGGGUCAUAAUGAGGCAUCUUUGAUGACCCAGUGCUCCACAACUGACACAGAUUAUGGCUUAACAAGUAAAAGAAAAUGCAAUGGUAACCUGUCACUUUGGAUCUCAUGAAUCCACUACUUCAUAUUUACAAAGGAAGAUCACCCUUUGUCAGUGUUUCAUUAUAUGGGGAACUGUUAAUCCAGAUCACUGAGAUGGUGCCGUCCAUGUGAAUGACCUUUCAUUGUAUCUACCAUCAAGUAAAGUACAUGUAUUUCCUUUCAAAAGUCACGUUGUGGGUCCAGUGAAUAUUGAAAAUACCACUGGUCCUCAUGAAAUUAUGAAAUGUAUGCUCAUCAUGCCUGGAUCUAGGGUCCGAUGAGUUGACCCAUUCCCUCAAUGUGGUAGUGCUGAAAUAUUGCUGAAAUGUGCUGAAAUAUUGCAAAAAGGACUGUAAAAACUUUUUCACUGUGACAUACAACUGAUGUUACACUGACUCGGUGCCACUGACUCAGAUCAAAUUGAUCUGAACAUGAGUGUUUGUCAGUUUGGAAAAUCUAUUUUCUAAAUAUUUUGUGUAAUGUAAUGUAAUCUCAUCAUAUCAUGUUUGCAAAUUAAUAAAAACAAUGAACGAAA